GCAGUAUAUUUUACACUACAUACUGGGUACUUAUUGUAUUAUUACAACAUAUAUCUUACAUGACAUUGAUACAAAUAGUAGGCCUAUACUAUAGUAUAAUUUAGUAAUUAUAGCAAAGUUAAAAACCACCAUAGUCGAGAUUACUAAAGUAUGGGGAAAUUUUGUAGUGACUUUCUGCUAUGAUUUGGUUUAAAAAUUGAUAUGAAAAUUUACCGGAUAAAAGAGCAUUGCAUAUGGUCAUCAUCUCAGCAGCGAAUCAUGUCCGUUGAGGUGCAGCAGUGGGAAACUAGAUUACCUGUUUCCAGCUGCUCCCAGGAUAUAACAUAUAAAUAUACCAUCAUAAUACAUGUAACGGGGCUGACGAGACGUGAGACGUGCGGAUCCAAGUGCAAGCUUUUAUUUAAAGGCAUGGUCAUAUAUACAGGCAGGGUCGAAACAAUGGCAAACAGGUCUGGCAGGGACAAGACCAAAGAGUAAUCCUAGGGCAAGCGAAGGUCAACGAUAGGCGAACAGUAUCCAGUGGGCAAGGCAGAGAGAUAAUCCAGGUACACAAGCUAUAAUCCAGGCAAGGGAAUAAACAGAGUCCGAACAGUGAGACAGGGGUAAAUACUGGGAAACACAGACUAGAAAAUAACAACCGAACCGUAAAGCAGCUGACACUAGGGGAGUGAAAAAAACGCAGGACAAUACAGGAACUGAACAGGAAAACGGAAUGGCACAGAAAGGGUUAAUCCAGGAAAGAAUAAAACACAGGAAAACAGGACAAAGUGUUGAAACACAGAAGAACUCCUGCUGAAGCAACUGAGAUAUAUGUGACUCACGAUUAUAAAGAUGGCGUUUAUUAAAGAGGAGAGUGAAGACAUAAAGAUCGAAGAAACAUUCACAAUCAAACAAGAAGAGACUGAGGAACAAACAGGUCUGAUAGAAGAGAACAAGGAGACUGAAGAACUCAUUGAAGCAGGGGAGAAACAUCAGGUCAAAACUGAAGAGAUAUCCUGGAGCUCCUCAUUGAAAAACGACAAUAUAGGUUUCACUUGCUCUCACUGUGGAAAGAGUUUCUCAUGCAAGCAAAAUCUUGACCUUGACAUAAUAUUUCAUCGUGGAGGGAAGCCAUAUGCAUGUGAUGAGUGCAAGAAGAUUUUCACAAUAAAAGGAAACCGUACUGAACACAUGAAAAUUCACACAGCAGAGAAGCCACACACAUGUGGUCGAUGUGGCAAAUGUUUCCCACAAAAACAAAACAUAAGAAAAUCCACUCUCUGGCAAGGCUGUACGAAUGUGAUCAAUGUGGCAAGAGUUUCCCAUAUAAACUAAACCUUGACAAACACAUGAGGAUCCACACUGGGGAGAAGC